CCCGAAAGAGAUAAGCCGCCACCGCCGCUGGCCGGAGCCAAAUGGCGCUUCUAUCGCCGCCCUGCCAUCCUCCCCUGCUCGCGCCAGCUCGCCACCGCCUCGCCUCUCAUCACCUCCUCGCUGUCCCGGAGACACCUAGCUCUCUCCUCUCUCUCCCCCACUACCACCACAGCCUCCUCCUCCCCUCCGCCGCCAACGCCUGGCCGCCCCGCCGGCACCGCCGCCGUGGCGUAGCCGCCUCCGUUGGGCAGGAAGAUCCUGGGUUCACCGACACAUCCAUCACGUCCGUGGGGGAGGGAGCCACUGUGCCUCCGAUUUCCUUCGAUGCAGAGGCAGGGGCGGUCGCGGUUUCCGACGAGCCGGCGGACGCGAGCCCGGAGGACUUGGAGAGCAUCGCCGAGAUCAAAAGGGUGCUGGAUCUUCUUCAGAAGAACAGGGACAUGACCUUCGGCGAGGUUAAGUUAACUAUCAUGAUUGAGGACCCUAGAGAUGUAGAAAGGAAGAGAUUGCUAGGCAUAGAGGAUCCUGACGAGCUAACCAGGGAUGACUUAGCUGAUGCUUUGGUUGAGGUUAAUGAAGGACGGAUUCCAGAGAACCGUGAUGCUCUUAUGUUGCUUGCCAAGGAGAUGUCAGAAUGGCCUGAUGUUGAUAUAAAGAUAGAAACUAAGAAAAGCAAGGGCUUAUUUGGGAGAUCUAGCUACGCAAAGGCAACAGAUACUGGCAUUGAUCCCGUGGCAGCUGCUAAAAGACUUAACAUUGACUUCGAUUCUGCUGCUGAUAUAGAUGAAGAAGGGGAUGAUGAUAAUGAAGAAGAAGUUCCUUCAGCAGUGGGAUACGGUGCACUGUAUUUGGUGUCAGCCUUUCCUGUCAUUAUUGGGGUAUCAGUUGUGCUGAUCCUUUUCUACAACUCUCUACAGUAGUGCACAUCUGCUCACUUUUCUUCUCGAGAAGAUGCUGCAUUUUCCUUGUAAAUCUGAGCUAUAACGCCAGUUAAUGAGCACCCCUGUUUAGGCUCAUAGUAAAAUAGUUUCUGCAAUGAUAUGACAACAUUGUAAAGCCCUGAGGUUGUACACUACACGGAAAAGAAAAGGUCUUGAAAAUAUGCUUUCCUAGGAAAACGGAAAGUUGAUUAUUCAGCGUUUUCUUUUCGUUUCAA